AUGACUAUAGCAGGUGUCCUUGAGCACCCCGCCAAGACACUUUGCAACCAAGCUAUCCAGCUGUUCGCCAUCACAGGCUGUCACCACCGCCGUCGUCGUCCCAUCGUACCCAUCGUCAUCAUAUCCCUCAUCAUAAUAACCACCUUCGUCGUGUUCACCAUAUCCGUCGUCAAAGUCCCCUUCGUCGUAUCCUUCGUGAUACCUGUAGUCCUCCUCUGGGCCUUCUUUUUCCUCAGGGCCAUAGUCCUCUUCUUCGUGCUCGUAUCCAUUUCCUUCGGGUUCAUAAUCGUGAUAGCCGUGCUGGUUAUGCGGCGACCAGACUGGGUAGUCUGGCUGGUUGGCUGGCGGGCAAAUUGGCUGGCUGAAGGGUGCGAUGGCGGGUGCUAG